AUGCUUGCUGCUAAAAACAUACUAAACAGGUCGAGCCUGUCCAACUCCUUCCGCGUCGCUGCGCGUUUGCAAUCUACCAAGGUGCAAGGCUCUGUUAUCGGUAUCGAUCUGGGUACCACCAACUCUGCCGUUGCUCUGAUGGAGGGUAAGGUGCCUAAGAUUAUCGAGAACGCUGAAGGUUCUAGAACCACCCCAUCCGUGGUGGCUUUCACCAAGGAGGGUGAGCGUUUGGUCGGUAUUCCUGCCAAGCGUCAAGCCGUUGUGAACCCAGAAAACACUUUGUUCGCUACCAAGCGUUUGAUUGGUCGUCGUUUCGAAGACGUCGAAGUUCAAAGAGACAUUAAGCAGGUUCCAUACAAGAUCGUCAAGCACUCCAACGGGGAUGCUUGGGUGGAGGCCAGAGGCCAAACCUACUCUCCAGCUCAGAUCGGUGGGUUCGUCUUGAACAAGAUGAAGGAAACUGCCGAGGCCUACUUGGGUAAGACGGUUAAGAACGCCGUUGUCACCGUCCCCGCCUACUUUAACGAUUCUCAAAGACAAGCUACUAAGGACGCAGGUCAAAUUGUCGGCUUAAACGUUCUGCGUGUCGUUAACGAACCUACCGCCGCUGCUUUGGCCUACGGUCUAGAAAAAUCCGACUCCAAGGUUGUUGCCGUUUUCGAUUUGGGUGGUGGUACUUUCGAUAUCUCCAUUUUGGACAUCGACAACGGUGUCUUCGAAGUCAAGUCCACUAACGGUGACACCCACCUAGGUGGUGAAGAUUUCGACAUCUACUUGUUGAGAGAAAUUGUUUCCCGUUUCAAGACAGAAACCGGUAUCGAUUUGGAAAACGACCGUAUGGCCAUCCAAAGAAUCAGAGAAGCCGCCGAAAAGGCAAAGAUUGAAUUGUCUUCCACUGUGUCCACUGAAAUCAACCUACCAUUUAUCACCGCUGACGCCUCUGGUCCAAAGCAUAUUAACAUGAAGUUCUCCAGGGCUCAAUUCGAAACUUUGACUGCCCCAUUGGUUAAGAGAACUGUCGACCCAGUCAAGAAGGCCUUGAAGGAUGCUGGCUUGGCCACUUCCGACAUUYCCGAAGUCUUGCUAGUCGGUGGUAUGUCCAGAAUGCCAAAGGUCGUCGAAACCGUCAAGUCUUUGUUCGGCAAGGACCCAUCCAAGGCUGUCAACCCAGACGAAGCUGUCGCCAUUGGUGCUGCCGUUCAAGGUGCUGUCUUGUCCGGUGAAGUCACCGACGUUCUAUUGUUGGAUGUCACCCCAUUAUCCUUAGGUAUUGAAACUUUGGGUGGUGUCUUUACCAGAUUGAUUCCAAGAAACACUACCAUCCCAACAAAGAAAUCUCAAAUCUUCUCCACUGCCGCCGCCGGUCAAACUUCUGUUGAAAUCAGAGUCUUCCAAGGUGAAAGAGAAUUGGUUAGAGACAACAAGCUGAUUGGUAACUUCACUUUGGCCGGUAUCCCACCUGCUCCAAAGGGUGUUCCACAAAUCGAAGUCACUUUCGACAUCGACGCCGAUGGUAUCAUCAACGUUUCUGCUAGAGACAAGGCCACAAGCAAGGAUUCCUCCAUCACUGUUGCCGGUUCUUCUGGUUUGUCUGAAAACGAAAUUGAACAAAUGGUUAACGACGCAGAAAAAUUCAAGUCUCAAGAUGAAGCCAGAAAGCAAUCCAUUGAAACCGCCAACAAGGCUGACCAAUUGGCCAACGACACCGAAAACUCCUUGAAGGAAUUCGAAAGUAAGGUAGACAAGGCUGAAGCCCAAAAGGUUAGAGAUCAAAUCACCUCAUUGAAGGAAUUGAUCGCUAGAGUACAAGGUGGUGAAGAAGUUAAUGCUGAAGAAUUGAAGACCAAGACCGAAGAAUUGCAAAACUCUUCCAUGAAAUUGUUCGAACAAUUGUAUAAGAACGACUCAGGCAACAGCAACAACAACAACAGCAGCAACAAUGCUGAAUCCGGUGAACCUAAGCAAUAA